GAGAAUGUUGUUUAUAAAUCCUUGACGACAAUCACACCGAAACAACCAAAUGUCAAAGGUUUUACUGAAAAUUAAUGAAAAUCUUGUAAUCGAUCCACCAAGACUCUAUUUUGCACUUGAAGUCGUUUUUAUGUAGCGCAGAUUAAAGUGUAAACUUGAUAUGCCUGAAAAGACUGUAAACAAUGAAAAUGUUCGAGUUGUUGUUAGAUGUCGUCCAUUAAGUAAAAAGGAACAAGCAGGUGGUAGUAAAGAGGUUGUUUUUGUUGAUGAAAGAACUGGAACACUAAGUAUACAGAAUGAAAGUUCUAGACCAGGAGAACCAACUAAAAAAGACUUUUCAUUUGAUCGAGUAUUUGCUCCUGGUUGUAAACAAGUUGAUGUUUACAAUGAUGCUGCACGUCCCAUUGUUGAAAGUGUACUUGAAGGCUAUAAUGGGACAAUAUUUGCAUAUGGUCAAACUGGAACUGGCAAAACAUUCACAAUGGAAGGUGUACGUUCAACUCCUGAGCUUCGAGGAAUAACACCAAAUUCUUUUGCUCAUAUUUUUGGACAUAUUGCUAAAAUGGCUGGUGAUGUUAGGUUUCUUGUUCGUGUUUCAUACUUGGAAAUAUACAAUGAAAGUGUCCGAGAUCUACUAGGAAAGGAUCAGACAACUCAACUUGAGGUGAAAGAGAGACCAGAUAUUGGUGUUUAUGUGAAAGAUUUAUCUGCUUAUGUUGUGAACAAUGCAGAUGAUAUGGAAAAGACUAUGACAUUGGGAAAUAAAAAUCGUUCUGUUGGUGCAACAAAUAUGAAUGAACAUUCUUCUCGUUCCCAUGCGAUAUACACCAUUACAAUUGAACGUAGUGAGAAAGGAGUUGAUGGUCAACAACAUGUUCGUAUGGGAAAACUUCAUAUGGUUGAUCUUGCAGGUUCGGAACGUCAAUCAAAGACUGGUGCUACAGGUCAGAGAUUAAAAGAAGCAACAAAAAUCAACUUAUCAUUAGCAACUCUUGGUAAUGUUAUAUCUGCUUUGGUGGACGGAAAAAGCACUCAUAUUCCUUACAGAAAUUCAAAACUCACUCGUCUUCUUCAGGAUUCUCUCGGAGGGAAUUCCAAGACUGUUAUGAUAGCAAAUAUUGGUCCUGCAGGUUAUAAUUUUGACGAAACCAUUAGUACCUUGAGAUACGCGAACCGUGCGAAAAAUAUAAAAAACAAAGCAACCAUAAACGAAGACCCUAAAGACGCUUUACUUAGAGAAUUUCAAUCUGAAAUUGAAAAACUAAAACGACAGUUGUCGGAUGGUGGGGAGAUUUUCGGGUCUGAUGAAGAAGAAGACGAAACUGGUGGAGAUAAACGCAAAAAGAAAAAAGGUCGUCGUUGUUUAUCUCCUGGUAAAGUGGCUGAAUUGAAGUUGAAAAUUGAAGCAGAGAAAAAAGCUUUAGUUCAGAAAAAUGACAUGGAAGAGGAAGAGAAAAAUAAAGCAGCUAAAGAAUUAGAAAAAAGAGAAGAAGAUCUUGUGAAAGCUGAAGAACAACAUAAGAAAUUACAAGAAAAAUUAAAGGCAGUCGAAGGAAAAAUCAUUGUUGGUGGAGUCAAUCUGUUAGAAAAAGCCCAGGAACAAGAAAGAUUGUUGGAGGAAUCUGCUCAAGAACUUGCGAAGAGGCGAGCUAGAGAGCAAGAACUUCAACAGAAAAUCAUGGAGAAAGAACAAGAGAGGAUUGAUAUUGAAGAGAAAUAUGCAUCGUUACAAGAAGCAGCGGCUGGAAAAACUAAAAAGUUGAAAAAAGUUUGGAGCAUGUUGAUGACUGCCAACUCAGAGAUGUCAGACAUGAAACAAGAACAUCAACGAGAAAUUGAAGGUCUUUUAGAUAACAUACGCGAACUUAACAAAGAAUUCAGACUUCAGUGUAUGGUUAUCGAUAACUUUAUUCCACAAGAAUAUCAGCAAUUGAUUGAACAGAAUGCAACGUGGCAAGAAGACAUUGGUGAAUGGCAAUUACGUUUUGUUGCAUACACAGGCAACAACAUGAGAAAAGCAAGUCCUAGCCCAGAUCCCAGAGAUAGAAACAAAGAGUUUACUGAAGCAGAUAUUUCUAAUGUAUACCUGACAUACUCACCUCCAGGAUAUGAUGGUAUUUCUGGUGAACCUCUUCGACCAAAGACCGCAAGGCUAAAAUCCUCUCGACCAAAAACAGCAAAAAAAAAAUCCAAAGCAAAUGAGAGCAGUGAGGAUUUGAGCAAAAACAGUCAAAAGAAGACUGUUCAAAACCAGUAUCCUGAGUCAAGAAAGAGUUGGAAUACUAAAAAACAUUUUGCAUAGCAGAGCAAUGAGUGUUUUCCACAUUCAAAAUAUUAUUAAAUUUUUUAUUUGUACAUGUACGUAUAUGAAAAUUCUAUCCUAAUUUAUUCAGUUUUGCUAUUUCAAGAUAUGCACUUAUUUAAGUAUCAAAUUUUACAUUAUGUGUAUCACCGUGUUUCAAAAAUAAACAUUGUAUGUAGCAUAA